AUGAUGGAUCAGAUGAAUAUUGGGGUGCUCUCCCAACUUGCCGAAGAAAUGCUAAAGGCACCGGAUAAAACUGUCCGGGAUCGUGCGGCGACUCGGCUCCGUACCAUGAGCUGCUAUGACAACUAUGAAGCCUUGAAGCUGCUGCUACCGCAGGCUACUAGUAAUUAUUUGCGGUUCAUCAUCGGGAAGGCAUUGCGGUAUAUUGUGAGCAAUGAGCUUGGCCCUCAAGAGAGAAGGGAUAUGCAGAGUUACGUUUUGAGUUACCUUAAUAGGAUUCGAGAGCAGGAGGAGGCGCUCCCGUCAUAUGUGAGGAACGAGUUGUACGCGAUCUAUGCGGCUGCCUUUUAUAUUAAUUGGCGGUUAACGGUAGUCACGCUCGAUGCGGGCUCAAAGGGGAUCGGCGAUCACAUUAUUGAAGAACUUACUGGACAUUUCCCCACAGAGGAUGUGUUGGAGUGUGCGUUAGUAGUGAUCAACCAUAUUGCAGAGCAGGAAUCCAAAGGAACAUUAGGCUACCUUCGCACGGCGUUUGUCCACGACAUCCUUCCGUCAUUCUUUCAACUAGGAGUAGGACAUAUCGCCGAGCAUGGGCGAACCGCACUGGAGGUCUGCUGUGCGGUCCUCGAGUCGAUUCCUUCUUCCCCAGCAGAGCCUUUGAUCACUGUGCGGCUGACCACACACGACAGCGUUUUUCUGGAGGACGCAUCCGGCUGGUUUCCCGCUCUAACGGUCGCUGCCCAGAGUUGUGGGCGGGCGCUGCUCGCCGAUCCGACAAUGGAGUUAGGUGGGCAGUGCGCGCAGCUUUUACGCGUGGUAUCAGCUAUUGUUUGUCUUGAUCCAGAAUGGUUCAGCGCACGAAACGCGUUAAACGACAUGUUUCUGGAACUUACCGGUGACCUGUUGACUUUAUAUACUUCUACUGGCCUCACUCACUUGCUACAGUUAAGUUGCACGCUACUUGUUAACGUGUUCGACCGCGAUGAGGGGAAGGUGUCAGUGUACUUGUACAACCGUCCGCAGUUGAUUGAAAUGUGGGCGGGAGCUGCUCAGGGGUUGCUAGACCGCUGGGAUGAUGAUGAGGAGGAAAUCCGGCGGGAGGUCAUGCAUCUCUUCUACCUAUUCGGUGAUCGGGUAAUUCCGCGCGUAGUUGCCUUAAAUGGUCAAGGAUGCGAGGAUCCACGGGCGUUACCGCUUGCAUCAACACUUCUCCGGGUUGGGCAGUGUUACUUUGAGAACGUUGUUAGCAAGGCCCAUUUACAGGAGGAUUCCAAUGAACUUCGGUCGGAUGUAGGUGUCAUGUUACACAACGAGAAGACACUACUCCCUAUAGCGGAAAUGUUUUUUUGUGAACAAAUAGAUUUGUACAGUUUAAUCGUGGAGCGAUUAGUCACCACAAUUGAGCAGUAUGAAGCAUGCGUAGAGCUGCGUGGGUCGGGUGAUAAGGAGAGACUGGGCGAACUUAUGCUGUCUCUUGCAAUCAACCAAGAUGCACUACCCUGUGCUUUGAAGGAAACAAAUGUGUUUCUUUUUAUCACACACGUCUGCCUUUCUCGUCUCUCUGUCAUUAUUGCUGCCGUGGCGAUCGCUAUGCUUAACGACACGGCGCGGAACGGUGACAAAGUGAUUGAUAUCAUCGGACAGUUUGCACAGGGUCUCGUGACUGCCACAGACACCCUCACAACAGCAUUUUUAGAAGGACUUUCGUUCAUGGACAUGGAUAGUGGAGACGUAGACGGUGCUUCUGUUGGUAACGUGUGCGAGGGCGAUUUCAAUAGUGAUGUUACCGACUGGGGGGUGAGCAACUCGAAGAUUCACGUGGGGGUACUGCGUUCUCUCUUCUUCUAUUGUGGCUGCGUGUACGAGUCGCAACACGAGGGGUACCGAGAGUUUUAUGAGAUUCUAGCAAGUCUUGUGCGUUAUGUGUAUAUGUACCACAGUGACAAGGCCGUUCUUGUUUCCGAUGCGAACAACCUUUUAAUGAAAGUUCUAGGGCAGGGUGUACGCGGUUGCUUUUUGUCUUCAGGUAAGAUGACGUCACUUUUAACAGCAGUCAAAGAGGACCGCAUUUUCCUGUUGCGUACGACUGGCGGUGAUUUUCCUAAAGAGGAGAGGGCAGCGAGGUCGGGGCUAUUUACCGCCCUGACAUUCUUUGUGGAGUCGCGCCACUAUGCUGGCUUCCCGACGUUUGACCUGUUUCCGCGCAUCGUCGCCAACAUAAUUGAGGGUGCCCGGCAAGUGUCGAAUUCGCAUAUUCUAAUUGGGGACCUUAUCGCUGUUGCUGAGGGUAUUCAUCAGCCAGAACCCCUUUAUUGGCUCCUUGAUGCCGUUAGUGAAAGUCACGCUAUAUUUGAAGAUCUGUUGUGUGCGGAUGCCACGAUUGUGCCUCUGUUGGUGGAAUUGUGUGCGAGGUUGUGCGAUUUGGCGAAGGGACUAUUACAUGACGACAAGGCGUGUGAAGCACAUUAUAGUUUGUUUAGUUUCGCCACAUUUGCCUUGCGUGCCGGCGUAGGUUCGUAUGGCAUUACCGAAACAAAUUCCGAGUUAUUUUUGCAGUCGCCGCCCUUUUCACAGAGUAACGAACUUUUGGUGUACAACAUGUCCAGUAUUAUGAGUAGUCUGAUUGAUGGCGAGUGGUGCAACUUGGGUGUUGUGCUGGUGUACAACGAGGAAUUCCUCUCAAGGUUCUAUCAGUUCCUGGUGGCUGUAAUAUCUACCCCGGUUGAGUUGAUCAUGUCGCACACCAAGCGGCGCAAAACUGUGUUUAAUACUAUCACGGCUGCUCUUUCAUCGAAGGGGUACUUUGGAGCACAGAUUCGAGCGCAGCUGAAUGCCGGUAACUGCUGGACUCUCCUCUUAACGUACCUGGUGCGAUGCCUUGGUAACACAUUUCUUUUAGAGAUACUCGCAACGGUUGACACGGUUCUAAAUCAUGAAGAUGAUUACGAUGGGAGUGUGCCCCUUAUAGAAGAACAGACUAUCGGUGACAUAUUUCAUGAAGUGGCAGUGCACGUUGCUGGUUGCCCUUCUAUGGAGGAAAGUGAAUCUGAGUUGUGCUUCAAGAUGCUCACUACAUGCUUCGAGUGGUCUCCUUCCCUGUGUUCAGCAAGAAUGGGUGCGCUCCUAGAUUUUUGUUCCGCGUAUCAUCGCGUGCGUUUGCGUCACAUUCACACGCUACUUCGUUCGGGAAGGGGGGAUGUGCUCCACUCUUACGUGCAGGUUUUUGGUCUAACCUCUAAGGUUCAAACUCUAUCGGCUUGGUAA